AUGAUAACCCCCCCUGCUAUUUCGCUCGUUCUAUUUAUCUUCCUUCACGCGGCUGGCGCCGCUCCGACUACGCAUUUGUCAAACAUUACAAGCUCUAUUAAUGCAACCCUUCAAGAUCAAAUCGUCUCCCAAUGGGUCGGAGCACCCAACAUCCGUGGCACUUGGGACAUUGUGUGGACCUGCUUUGCGACUAUUUUUGUCUGCACAUACACACUUCUUUGCCUGAAUUUGCCAGCACCAAGUGAUUCCACAUUGGUCUUGGUUCGUCGGCGUGUUCUUUGGAUGGUUCUUGCUAUAAUUGGACCCGAGAUAGUUCUAAGUUAUGCUGCUGGACAGUGGAGCCGGGCCAAGCAAGCAGUCAAGUCUUUUACCAAGUCGGGCCAUAAGACGUUCAAUAUGCGACUGGCCUUUUUCGCAGAUAUGGGAGGGUUUAUGCUACACCCUAAAGGCCAUACCACGUUCGAUCCGUUUCCUCUCAACGCGAAACAGCUACACUGGCUCGUCAUACACGGACAUGUCGACUAUCCCGAUGUGGAUCACUUGAAGGAGAUUUGGGACAAAUCUAAGCAAGACCAGCUUGCCAAGAUCAUAACGGCUUUCCAAAUUGGCUACUUUGUUCUCCAAUGCAUCGGGCGGGCGACGCAGCGACUCACAAUCACAACACUGGAGCUCAACACUUUAGCUAUUGUUGUAUGCUCGCUGAUGACAUCCUUCACUUGGCAACAUAAGCCUUCAAACGUUCACACCCCGAUUCCUCUAUACACAAGGGCCACAAUUGAAGUUCUCAAUAACAACGAAUCAUGGCGAAAUACCCCACUGGACUUCAUCGAUGUUAAUGGGCCUGGCUGGUCCAUGAAUGUGCAACCUUUCAUGAACAUGCCAGUGAUCCCGACGCAGAGACCAAUCCAGCGUAUUCCUAACGAUCGAUUUCCUAUGAAUCCUUAUGGGCUUCAAGAGUAUUGUGUAUGCUUUGCAACACUACUAUUUACGGGAAUUCACGUGGCAGGCUGCGGCUUUUCAUUCCCCACCAUUACGGAAAAGAUCAUGUGGCAGACAGCUAGCUGGCUCCUAUUUGCAGUCACGGGCAUUUUCUGGAUUUUCGAGACUAUGGCAUCUUGGACGCGACUUGGCCGCUGGAAAUGGCUGUACUUAUGGGUAACGGACCGAAAGAAGCUACCAGACUUUGAGGCAAUCAAAAGGGAGGAACAGCAGAAGAGAGAAGCGAGUUAUGAGUGGACUGAGCUCCCACUUCCUUGGGAAUUUUGGACGAUUAUGCCUGUUGCCAUCGUGUAUGGCAUCGCGAGGAUGUAUCUCAUAGUUGAGGCCUUUCUGGAGUUUCGAAGAGUGGAUGCCGCCGCGUUUCUCGAAGUGAACUGGGCCAGUUUCAUACCGCACAUUUAA